AUGAUUUUAGCAUCUUCGCAGCGUAGCGCCGCGUACCAUCACGAUCACACAAAGCCCGUUUGCGAGGAUCGUGAUGCCGAGUUGAUAUGCCCUCUUGGGACGGUAAUCGCCGUGACAUUGGCAAAUUAUGGGCGUUUCUCGAUACAAGAAUGCAACCCUACGGGAGACACCGAUUUACGGACAGACUGCGCGAAUACGGCGACCAAGGAGAUUUUGGAGAAACUUUGCUCCGGGCGGAAGUCGUGCCGAUUCAAGGUCGACAAAUACUUAUUCAAUGACCCGUGCCCGGGCACCUCCAAAUACCUUGAGGCCUCGUACAGUUGCGAAGAAGGUCGACUUGACGAGGAGACGACCCCUAAAAGAUGCCCCCCAGUUCGUAAGGAAGGCUUUGAUUGGCCGACCACGCUAGCCGCCCAUAAACAAACCACAAAAUGCGGCGAGGAGCGAUACGGCGAAAUGCACUGGAAUUGCCAAGCCGAUGGCCAGUGGGACCAGCGGGGUCCCGACACGACCGGAUGCUGGAGCGAAUGGACAGAGACGAGGAGGGCACAAAUGAACGAAGCGGCAGGACGGGAGGAUUUUACUGGGAUUGCUGAUGUUGUACGCCAAGUCCGCUCCGACUCAAAACGCCCGAUGGUCGGUGGCGAUCUCCAGAAGAUCAUCAGCCUCCUCGAGACGGUCACCGAAAAAGUAGUCGACACCCCGGAAAGCCGUCCAAUCCGGAAACAAAUGGCUUCGCUGGCCAUCGAAAUCGGGCAAAACCUCAACAAAAAUCGUGACAUCUGGAAGCACUGGAGGGAGCAGCAGCAGAGAAGUUUCGGCUCGAGGCUGAUGACUACGGUGGAGAGCUUGACCGGCGCCGCCGGGCUCGGCAAGGAGGAAUCGACCGAGAGCUAUGUGCAGCCAACAAUCAAGGCAGAGCUGUCCGGGAUUCGGAAAACCGACCUCCAAACCUACACGCAAUAUCCCUCAAUGGCCGUCUGGGGCCGGGAUAGCGUGGAUACGGUGGAGAUUCCUGGAGAAGCCCUUCAGAAUGAAGCCGCCGAGGUUUACUACGUCCAGUGGGAGAACCUUGGGGAAUUUAUGGCCCCGCCCCCGAAAACCGUCGUCAGAGAGGUAGCCGGCAAGAAUGGGCCUUUGAAGGAAGAGCUGAGGAUCCGGAAAGUCGUCUCAAACAUCGUUGGAGCUACCAUUCUGGAGAAUGGACGUGCCAAGCCGAUGGCCAGACUGCUGAGACCGAUCGUUUUGAAUUUCCAUCACCGUCAGGAGGAUCUUAGCGGAAUGGGAAAUGCGGAGUGUGUAUUUUGGAAUGGUGCGGAGGAGAAGUGGGACGCAAACGGAUGCCGUAUGGAGAUGCACAACGACACGAUGACCGUCUGCCACUGUGACCACCUGACGCACUUCGCGGUCUUGAUGGACGUCCGAGGCCAUCAGCUUUCUGACCUCGACGAACAGCUGCUCACCUUCAUCACGUACGCUGGCUGCACGCUCUCCAUCUUCUGCCUCUUAUUCACCUUCUUGGCCUUCCAGGUCUUCAGCCAGGGCGGAGGAGAUCGCGUGUUCAUCCACAAAAACCUCUGCCUCACUCUCGCCGCGGCUGAACUCGUCUUCCUGCUCGGCAUCUGGCAAACGGAGCGCCGGUUGGAAUGCUCGAUCAUCGCCGGCGUGCUGAUGUACCUGUUCCUGACGUCGUUGACGUGGAUGUUGCUCGAGGGAUUCCAGCUUUAUCAUAUGUUGGUCGAGGUGUUUCCGCGAGGCUCGAAAAAGGUGCGACUUUUUUUCAUCGGCUAUGGUGCGCCCUUGCUAAUUGUUGGAGCCGCGUGGAUUUUCGAUUCGCGUGGAUUUGGAAAUGAAAAGCAUUGCUGGCUCCGAACCAACGACCUGUUCACCCUGUGGUUCAUCGUCCCAGCCGCCCUAAUCCUCGUCUCCAACACGGCCUUCUUGGUGAUGACCCUCUGUAUCGUCUACCGCCACUCCAACGGUGGCUAUACCCCGUGUAAGCGCGAAGAAGACGGUGGCCGGAGUGUCCGUUCCUGGGUAAAAGGGGCCAUGGGCGUCUCCUGCCUCCUCGGCGUCACCUGGGCUUUCGGGCUUUUCUGGGUUGACGACGGGACAUCUACCAUCGCCGCGUACCUCUUCACUGCUUUCAAUGCGCUGCAAGGGCUGUUCAUCUUCCUGUUCCACGUCGUGUUCUCGGAGAAGAUGCGCCGCGACGCCCGCGAGUGGUUCGCCAAGCACGGAUGCGGAUGUGGAGGCGAGCCAAAAACCUCCGAAAAUCGCCAAUCGACCCCGAAUUCCGGAACCGGAACCGGAAGUGACUUCUUGUACCCAUCGACGGCUGACAAGUACGGUGGGAUCGUGGUUGCGCCAGGAUACUAUCAACAUCACGACGUCGUUCCCGUUUAUCAAUAUCAACACCAUCCACAUCAUCAUCACCCAUAUCAAACUCAAAUACAUGCCCCGAUGACCGACUACGAUACGAUCUCCUACGGUGACAUGGUGGCAGGGGCCCAGUAUAGCAUGCGCUCCCCGCCAUUUGUCGCCCGAACCCUGCAGAGGGGAGCUCCGCAAUAUUAUAGUCAGCGCAAUUCCCCCCAUGACUUCCGGAUGUACUACCCCGGCUAUCCGGGCCCCACCGCACCCGAGCCCACCCCGACCCGACCACCCCCAGAAUUCAGCCCUCCCCCUCCUCCUGGUCAAAUUCCACGAAAUUUGGCGGCCGCCGCAGCCGCUCAACAAUGCGGGACGACUAGUGCAGGAGUUACCGUAGGCCGCCGUCCCCCCUCCAGUAAGGCCAGCGACGAUUCCGCAUAUUCCGAGCAGCCCUUUCACAGCUCUCGCUACGAUUCUGACCGUGUGAGUGUGCUGACGCAAGAAGUCAUUCCAAACGGCUCCACCGUGCUGCGCAUUGACAUGUCCCGCAAUCCACCGAUUCUUGCUCACGAGGUC